AUGUUCGCCAACUCAACGACUUGGAGAUCCAAAGAGGAGGAGCAGAAGGGCCGUGCAGCUAUCCAUGCAAGCCAGGUGAAUCGCUACAGUGCCGCAAACGCACGGGCUUUCGCAUCGGCGACUGCGAGCCAAGAAGACCUAGAAGCAGAGCGCCAGACUUCAUUGAAGCGAAGGCAGCAAAACGAAGACGAAGUGGCAGCUCUGCUUCAGGAGGCUCAGAGCGCGCAAAGCGCAUCUCUCACGCUGCGCCUCCAGGCCAACAAGGACAAAAGCGACAACAAGGAUAAGGGCAAGGAGAAGAAGCUUCCGGGCUUCGUUGCCGUCAAGAAGGCCAAGCCGAUGCCCGCAGCCACCAGCGAAGGUCCUGCAGACGCACGGCAUUUCGCAGCGGCGGCCUUCAGCCUGCAGGAGAACCGAGAGACGGAUGGUGCCCGCGUUUGCGUCGCUGGUGGCCUUGCAGCUGUGAUGGACGCCUUGCUCCGACACGCAUCGAAUUUCCAGGGCGUCAGCGAUCAGGAUGCAUCACAGGUGACGCUGCACUAUUCGGGGAAGGCUGAGGGCCCGACUGCGAUGUUCGGACUAGAUCCUGGAGGUUUUGAGAAGGCAUCUGAGAGCUUGCUUUUGGUUGCACCCGAGUACGCUUCGCUGCGAUCUCUCGUUCUGGAUUACUUCACCUCCAUCCGCCGAUGCUUGUCUGAUGACCACGUCGUGUUUUCGUUUGACAGGUCCAUGCAUUGCGGCGACGGCGAUCGGAAGUUCAUUGAGCAAAUCGGCCUCUCGAUUGGUGUGCCCGCUGCUCGACGUGAAGCCCAUCUUCUCAUCACCGGGGAAAGGCCCGAGCUGCUUGAGCUGUUCUUGGAGCUUGGCUGGUUUCGGGACGUCGUGUUCUUGUGGAAGAUGCUGAUCCUACCCAGCGGAAGUGGGCCUCCAGAGGGCACUUGGCGGGCCACCGACUCCAUCCUGCAGUGGUCAUGGCACAAGGAUCGCUUCGUGGUCCGCGGGUUCAACAUGGAGUUGGUGCCGGAGGAGGGCAAGAAAGGUAUCGGCGAGGUGAUCAAGAAACCCUUCGACUGGCUUUUCGGCAAGUACAAGUCCCGAAGCAAGGCAGUUAGCGCCGCAGAUGCGAGCGUGUUGGCUGGCUCCAAGAUCGAUACAGAGGACGAUGUGCUUUUCCUGGAACAUACGCCAGACUUUAAUGAGACCCUGAAGCCGGCCGACAGUGAGCUGCUGCUGACGUACCUCACCGCACCGUACAUCCGUGUGCCGCUGCUACUGGGAUUCUUCGCCGACCGUGAGCGAGUGUCACUGCUUCGUGAGCCUCUUUUACAGGCAGUGCUGGAUGCUGCAUUGUUCGAGCCUGGACAAUGGCAAAGUAAGCAGGCAGCAGUUACGGGACCGCCGAGUGCUGUGCCUGCACCGGACCGAAAUCACCUGGCCACGCCGGCAGGGCUACUUUUCAACGAGCUCCUGCGCUCACCAAGAGUGUUGCUGGACACGAUCCGCUUGCUAUUGGAUGUCGCCGUGGAAAAAGAUCCUGGCCACCCGGGCAGUGCGAAUGAGGGGCUUAUCCUCUAUUUGGUGCGGCUUGCCACUCGUGUGCAAGCGUAUUUGCUUUUCCUCGUGCAGCACGCCAGGACUGGAGCUUACUUGGAAAGGGCUGGUGCCCACUGGGAGGCGAAGGUGCGAGGGCUGCCGACUGAAGACAAGGGCCAGGAGAUCCUGAGUUGGCUCCAAGGACUUCAUUCUGAACUUCGAGACGUGCUGGAGGGCAAGGUCACCGACAUGCUGCUGUACUGGGCCAAGGUGGCGGCAAAGAAGAAGGAGGAUUUGCUGGUCUCCGGCUGCCGGGCCCAUGCCCACCUCGCACUGAUCUACGGCACGAAUGGGUUGGAGUUCACAAGCCGAAGUGCCGCAAUUUUCUUGUCUGCUCAGGCUUUCCUCAACGUGAACCACAGGUGGUUUACGAAAAAGGACAGCGCAUCAACUCCGAAGCUCGGUAUUUGCGAAUUCGAACUUUUCGACGUUUUCGAAGGCCGACGCAGCGUGCUAGCAAAGUGGCUGCGUGAACACAAAUCCGAUGCCGACCAUGUUCUGCAAAGAGUUGAAUGGGUGGCAACGUUCAGAGGCACCAUCGAUGGCUUAGACGUCGGUGAAGACUUCCAGGAAAUGGAAUGGGUCGAGCUUCCGGCUGAACCAGGAGACUACGUUCCCAAGGUUGCAGAGCCGAAGCCGGAGUGGCGCCAGCCAAAGCCUGGAGAAGAUUUCCAGAGCUGGCUGACUCGAGUGACGAAUGGGCCGAAGGAGAGCAGUGGCCAGAUUUCUGUCAAUCUGGGACGCUACAAGGUAAAGGGUCAGGGGAUGUCUUUGAUACCCGAGUGGGCCGUUGAGAACAAGGACUUUCAAGAUGCUUUCGGGCGUGCCGAUGUACACUGCUCUGACAUAGAGGUGUCGGCACACCGGACAUGGAAGCGGAUUGUCGGCCACCACCAUGACCUUCAGAGAUGGGAGACGGAUACUCGAAAGCUUGAAGACGAUCCACACAGUUCGCAGAGCACCAAGUUUGAACCGGCCAAGCUAGCGGACAACGAGAAGUGGCUGGCACACAUUCUCUCGCCGCUGCGCAUCUCUGGACGAUUACAUAUUCAAGAGUUGUCGUCCGAUGAGGCGCGUUUGAUAUUGGUGGUGCAGGUGGAGGAGUCGACGCGUCAGCUCAAAGAGGCCAGGCAGGGCCACCUGUCCAUGACACCACAACUUGUGGACUGCGGAAGCAUUCUUGUGAACGUUUGUCAGGAUGGUGAAGUGACCGCAAGCUGGAGCCUCGCGACGGGAAGUUUGGACAAGCUCCAUCCGCCUGUACCGAGUAUCCUGAUCUAUCGGCAAGUGGUUGCAAACCUCGGUCGGCAGCUUUUCAUGCCAUCUCGCUUCUUGCGUGGCUUGGUGCCCAGCGCUUUGCUGGAGCGCUACAGCUUUUGGCGCUCGGACGGAGCUCCAGACAGCGCAGGCUGUCUCACAGGUGACGAGCUACAGCCGUGCGAUGGCCCAACGCGGCUCCAGGUGACCUUGUGCCGCGGCAAGAUGGGAGUCAGUGCCACUGUGCGAAGAGUGUGCUUGAAGCCCUCGCCAGGUCCGUACCAUUCGUGGGACACUGAUGACUCAAAAGCUGCCGAGGUUCUGGUGAAUCUUCGCCACAGCUCCUCGUUGAAGUUUGCAUCUCUCUUGGCCCGAAUCGAGGACCUCUCACACAUUCUCGCCUGGAGUUCUGAGGAAGGCGAUCGCGUGCGUCGGGUUGAGUUUCCAAGGCUGUGGCUUUCGUUUCAGGAGCGUGGCGGCCACCUCCACUGCGAACAGCACAGUGGCUUCUGGUUGGCUGAGUGCAAAUGGUCGAACAAGGUUUGCAGGCUCCUGCAGCAGUUUGGUGGUGGCACCUUACUUUUGGAAAACGAUUCUGGUGAGUAUGCCAUCUUGGUAUCUGCUGCUGCGCAGCCAGUGCGUCCGUCGACAUGGGCUGCGGAUGGAACUCCCGAGAAGCUCCUACCAGGGCAGCUUGCGUUCCGCCGCGGCCGCGAGGAAUGGUUGCAGAAUUUGGAUGGUCCUCGGCACUACAGGUACGACGUGCAUUUCUCGCAGAUGUUUAUCUUCACGCCAACACUUGCUGCCGGUUUGUACUUCUUGCUUUGUCGCUUUAUGACAUGGCACUUUGCCGAGGCUGUCAGCAUGGCUGAAACGAUCACUGAAGCCUGCACCGAAGAGGAAAAGCAGCUGUGGGAUGCUAUGAAAGCUCUGGAAGCUGACUGCCACGCGGAUGCUAUUGCUUGCCGCCUUCACCUUUCAAUGGCGAUUUCACCCUAUGCUGUAUCGCUACCGUGGAGUACAGCGGGACAGUUUCUGGAAUAUACGAGGAAACGACAUUUGGUUUCGACUUCUUGCGCUUUGUCACUGAAGCAGGAGCUGUCAGUUCUGAAGUUGGAUGAGGUCCGACACUCCAAGAAGUUUUCCAAGCUGAAGGCAUAUCAAUCCACAGUGCAGGCUUUGGCAGCCUGCAAAGAGGGCAAAGUCCACCUGCCAGUCGACUUGGGCCCACUGGCUGACGAUUCCGGAUUCGACCGCGUGGUGGAUAGGUCCUUCUUGAAGGACUUGAACUUCUUCGAAAAGAUUGCAGCAAGCGCCAAAGGUGUGGCCUACAAUCGACCCAAGGUUGCGGCCAUGGUGGGUAUCGACGGCAUGCGUUUCCUGAAUGAUCUGUUCGGGGGCAUCCGCGGAGGAUGUGCCGAUGUCCCCUUGUUUUUUCUCUACGAACUGUUCACCGGAACCAUAUCCGUGGAGGUGGUGAACAAGGACAACCAGCAGGACCUCGCAAGCCUGCUGCUCCGCGUGAUCGCAGGGUCCCAGACAGGUGCAGAAUGGUCUGUGCUGAGAGCUCUGGAGAGGAAUCCACAGGUGUGCGGCUGCAUGCCGCAAUGGGGCUCAGACGAGGCGAAGCGAAGCUGGGCACUUCCAGGUGGGCACCACUUUGACCGCAACUCCGUUUCCACACUCAUGAAGGCUGCUUCAAACAAGCUGAAAAGCCUGGAGAAGGACUUAUGCAUGCCGAGCUUUGCCGAAGCUCCGCAGAUCCAGACAUCACUGGCGAUUGAAGAUGCCGCAGGCUUCAGCAGCAGCAUCCGCUUCCAGUCGCCGCCACUUACGGCUGACGUCAGAUGCUGUUCUAGGGCAUCCAAAAUGACAGCGGAGAUUUCCGCGAAGCAACCACUGGCAAGCUUGUCCAAGUACUUGGAGCGCACAGAGGACCGAGAGCGAAAGGCCCCUGGCCUCAAUGCAGUUGGGUCAUCUUUGGAGGUUCUGGCACGGGGCUCUUGUGCACAGACGGACAUUGGUCGAAGAGGAAUUCAGCGAUGUCAGCAAGAGGUGCAGACAGCGCUGUCCGAAGAAGUCAGGGUCAAUCUGAGCAUAGACCCCUCCAAGCUGACACUUCUAGAGAAAGAGCUUCGGAAAGUUAGAGACGAGGACAGAAGAGCAUUGUCGGAAACUGUAGACCGCCUGACGAUUGCUGCGAAUGCCGGCAGUGAUGUGGACUGGUUGGGAAGGCAUUGUGGACACGUUCCUCGACUUGAUUUCUCUGAUCUCCUCCGAGUCCUGAUGGCAGAGGAGCCUCACAGCACGGAUGCACUUCAACGGGCAAAUCCCAUGCUGAAAGAGGGGGACAUGGAGGCCUUGAUGGAAAAGGCUGUCGAUGGUCUCUGUCGUGGCGUGCGGAUUGGCCAGGCCUGCAGAAGCCUCGCCUUGGUGACCAAGCUUUCAGCGGCUUUAGCUCGAGCCACCAAGGACAGCACAGAAGUGGCCGUUCUCCAGGCUCAACUUGCAGCCCAGCUUCGCGCAGAGCGCUUCUUCUGCAAAGUUCGGAGCCAGAUGGUCUGCUUGGACCCUCGUCUUCUCGUUUUUGAGUUCCUUUGCAACAUUCUGCUGCGUGAGGGCCAGGUGAGGCUGUUGGGAACCUUCCUACACCGUGCAGCAGGAGGCCAGUCCCUGUGCCAUCAGAUGAUCAUGGGCGCCGGGAAAACCACUGUGAUAACGCCUCUGCUUGUGCUGCUACUGGCGAACAGUCAACGGCUGGUUUGUGCUUGCAUGCCUGCUGCUCUACUCGAGAUGUCACGAGCGGUCCUGAUCGAGCGCUUCUCCUCACCAGCUAUGAUGAAAGCCGUGCUCACUCUGCAGUUUGACAGGGCGACGGUGCCAUCAGCUGCACUUUGCCAAAAGCUUCUGACAGCUGAGCAGAGACAAGCUGCUUUGGUGGCAACUCCAACGGCCUUGAAAAGCAUCGUCCUGAAACGGCUCGAGCUGCUGAACCAGCUGGACAACAGUCGAAGGUGCAAACUCCAGCAGGGCGAUGCGAAGCCCAACUGGCUUGAGCGUCUCUUUGGGGGUGGCAAAGCUAGCUUUGCUGAUGAGUUGAGUCCUGAGGAGGAGAGCACAAAAAGCCAACACGUGCAGCAUUGCAAUCAGGUACUUGGAAGAUUCCAUAAAGGUGUGCUUCUUCUGGAUGAGGUGGAUCUGCUGUUGGACCCUCUGAAGAGUGAACUCAACUGGCCCACUGGUUUGAAGCAGCCGCUCGACCUCGAGGAUGCCAGGGAGAGCAAAGACCGUUUUGGUCUGCGCCACAAGCUCCCCUUCCACAUUUUGGACCUCGUGUUCGCCGCAUCGUGCAAGGUUCCCCUGGUGCAUUACGACGACCGCCGCGAGGCUCAGACCGCACUGACUGCGCUGAAAUCAAAAAUUGAGGAAGGAUGCCAGAAGCGGAUGUUGCAGUCUGUGCCGCAUCUCGUCGUGCUGUCGAAAGAAUUUUACAAGUCCGAGAUGCUGCCACACUUGGCUGACUGGACUGCGAUUUUCCUCGAGAAGCACGUGAACGGCCAGGUCGGAAGCACUGAGCUGCGGCGACUCCUACGAAGCCCAUACAAGUUGGAGGAGGGGAUAAAGGAGAAGCUCCGUGUUGCAGAUGAUGGGGUCUUGAAGCCUGUGAACUUGGCAGUUGAAUGGCUUCACGAGCUUCUUCCGCACGUUCUGAGCAAGGUGCAUCGGGUGUCAUAUGGCCUUCUGUCCGGCGGAGACCUGGAAAGUGCAUUGAAGCAGCGUGGCACUGCUCGCUCAAGGCUGAGGCUGGCUGUGCCUUUCGUGGGAAAAGAUCGGCCAAGUGAACAGUCUGAGUUUUCACAUCCAGAUGUCACCAUCGGCUUUACGAUCCUUGCCUACCGUUUCACGGGCCUGAGAGGGCCGCCCGAGGCAGGCGACUUGCGAGAGCUGUUGAAGGCGCUGCUUGACGAAAUGAAGAUUGAAAGCACAGUUCGCUAUCAUCGUCGAGCAGCUUGCUUGUCUUAUGUGGACAUGGUCUGCAAGGCUGGAGCACUCGUGCGGGGUUUCAGCUCCAGUGGAACAUGGCUUGAGGAUGUAAAGGACAAGGCUGUGCGGCGAAAAACUGGUCUUCAGGACCGCACAGUGACUGAAGAUGCUGCUAAGGAGAGUAGGUCCAGCCUUUGGCCGUUGGAAAUCUUGGAUCUUGCAGAUCCAGAGCAGAUGCGGGCAGUGUACGAUGUGGUCUGGGAGUCGCCUUUGGCUCUGGAGUACCUCUUUGAUCACUCCACCUUCUUGCCUGGCGCAGGCAUCAUCGAUGUAAACCCAAGCCAGUACAUGGCCUGCGGCCAGGAACUCGCCGGUCACCAGCUAUUUGGCUUGUGCUUCGGCUUCAGCGGAACUCCGAACGACCUGCUGCCGCAGGCGAUGGGCAAAUGUGCAUACGCAGAAGGCGACGAUGGCAAGAUCCUAGACACCCUCAGCAGGCGUGAGGUGGUUACCGUGCAGGAGGUGGAUGCUUGGAGUCCUCACUCGCUGUUGGACUUCAUAGCAAAGGCGAUAUCUUCAGACGGAAGGCCAAAAUACCACGCACUAAUUGACACUGGUGCCCUCAUCACGGGAAUGACCAACCGCGAGGUGGCCACGUAUCUCCUCCAGAAUGGUUUGAAAGGACUGGAGGGUGUCGUAUUCUUAAACAGCCUCGACGAGCGCAUGGUUCUUCUGCGGGACGGCAAGGAAGUGUCGUUAGCGCAGUGUGGACUGGGUUGGGAGAACAGGUUCUCCUUCUACGACCACGUGCACACCACAGGCAUGGACAUUAAGCAGCCAAUCAAGUGCACAGCUUGCCUCACGCUCAGCAAAGACAUGACAUUCCGCGACUAUGCACAAGGAGCCUACAGGAUGCGAGGAGUCGGUCAGGGUCAGUGCAUCGAGAUCCUGUUGAUUCCUGAAGUGGCGUCCUUGGCCAACAAGGUCCUUGCAAAGGCUGAAGGCGUUGAUUCGGCACAGCGCAUCAGUCGCGUACGAACGGGCAAGAACUGGGAACAACAGAUUCUGGUUGACAUCAUCGGGUGGUUGAUCGUGAAUGGUCUCGUCAAGGACUUGAAGAAAAGCCGUUUGUUGUGCCAGCAAAAUGCCAGAAAUUUGUGGAGACAGUACGCAACAGCCCACUUGGAAAGUGCUCCGUCUGAUGUGCACAGAUGGCUCAAGGACACCAAGACGAAAACUUGCUUGGAUUGUCUGCGAAACAGAAUUGAUUUCAACGUUUCGAACGCAGUGCCGGGCAGUCCACCACAGCCGCUGAAGGAGAAGCUGGUUCAGGAGUUUGAUGCCCUUCGUCGUGAUGGAAAUGUUUGGAGCGAAAGCGUAGUCCGCGAGGUCGAAGCGACCUUCCAGGGGAUCCUGGCCUCCUUGUCGCCGGAGAUGGAGAACGAAGGCCUGGAGGGCGGCCUCGAACUCGAUGGAGAGCAGGUGCAAGAGCAGGAACAGGAGCAAGAGCAGGAGCAGGAGCAGGAGCAAGAACAAGAAGAAGAGAUGGAGAUAGAGCAGGAACAAGAGCAAGUGCCGGAGGCUCCUGCAAGGCUUCAGUAUAGCCGAGAAGAUGAAGCGCCCAAACCGUGGCUGCUCAGGGCCUUGACGAAGGACUUGGCCUCUUCCGGGCUGCCCUUCUUUCCACUCACAGACUUCGCAGUCAACAAGGGAGUUCUGGGUGGCCAUGCCGAACCACUGAAAGGAUUGCCCGAGUUUAUCUGGCUCAGUGACAACUACUAUCGCAGGUCCUGGCGGUUGUCCUCGGUGCGACGCAUCAAGAACGUGAUAUGCUUUUUGGAAUGGGUGCCUGAUGCGGCCUCCCUGGCCACGCUUGCGGUGACAUCAAAAAUGACGGAGCGUCAACGCGAGCGCUUGGAAGAGGUAUACCGGUUGUACGACCAGGAUGGCGACGGAAAGAUCAAGGGUCAUGAGCUGCGUGCAUUCUUCCAGGCGCUGGACCUGGAUGAGGAAGGUGAGGAGAUCCAGAAGCGACAUCAUGGGUCUUUGUCGCUCAAGGAGAUCCAGGAGGAACUGACACGUGAGACGUUCUACCGCAUGCAGAAAGGGCGGCACUACGUCGUGUUGUCGCUGGAGGAGGCUGAGCACCUACGAGGCUCUAUGCAUCUCCUGGGCUCGGAUUGGCCCAGGAGCUGCGGCAUCGCUUUGCGAUGCCUUGGAAACUUAGAGUCCAAGCUGGAUUCAUCCUUGUUGGACGAACUGGGGCCGGUGACGGAGUCGGCUGAGCUUGGUUAUCAACUUGAGGUGGCAGAGCAGGUUCUUCGCUUUACCAACUCAGCGGCAAACUUCCAGGCACGUGAGCUCAGCAUCUUGCUGCGCUCCCUGCAGCGUACGGAGAUGCCAAAGCGAGCUCCAUGGUGGCUGGACAUCCGUGCAUGUAGGAGGCGGUCACAGCUCCCGUGGCAGCAGCUGCCACUCGCCAAGGUGUUUGCGGAGACCGAUGGACUGGAUGACCUCGCCGUGCGGGCAUUCCUCUCAAGAUUGAGCUGGGCGCUGGCUGGCAUGCGUUUGACCCCUGCAGAUGCAUUCAUGAAGCUGGACUCUGAUCGGAGUGGUUCAAUCGACCACAGAGAGCUGACAAAGGGCUUGGAGUGGCUUGGUCUUCGAAAGGCAGUAGCGAACAACACCCGCUGGGCAGAACACAUUGCCAAAAUCUUUCAGGUGAUGGAUGCCGACGGGGACGGCCUCUUGUCUUUGAACGACUUCAAGGGCGCCCUGGAGUUGGACGAGCAGGACUGGGAAAGCGUGCCUGCUGCGUCUGUCAUGCGACCAGGGAUGGACUUACCACUCUCGUCCCGACCCCCAAUGCCGACAGUCCUACAGCCAGCAGGUAAGGAGCCCGCCAAGCUGAGUCAGAGGGACACCAGGUGGCUGCCCAGUGGCCGCUUCCGCUUCAAGUGGCAGUCUCAUGGAGACUUCGGUGAAGUCUGGAACACGCAAGGCACUCUGGCAGAGAGGAAGUUGUCAAUAUGGAAGCCAACGAAACUUCGCUCCAAGAACCCCGACAUUCGAGGCCCGCAAGUGAAACAACGACUUUGUUUUGGUGAUGUCGCUGUCGCCGGCACCAAGAAGCCAGCACAUGUUGGUAUGCUGGAGGUUUUUGAUCAAGAAGAGAGUGGCUGGUUUCACUCAGGGGACUAUUCCGGCUUGGAAGCGUUUCUUCAAGCAGUUCUACCCCAUCCAGUGAGAUACCGGAAGGCAUGGUCUCAAGUUGCGGGCGAAAACCAGCUCUACCUUUGGAGGCCGAUUCCACCAUCGACCGACUUCGUCGCCAUAGGAUUGGUGGCAACGGAGGCGGAUUCGGAGCCGGAGGUGACACGCGUCCAUUGCAUUCCCAGGGACUGGACGCGGCAAGUUCCUGCAGAAGAAUUCUGGACGGAUGCGGGAACGGGCGGACAAGCGGCUAGAUUCUUUGUGUCUUCUUUCACCGAGUCGAAGCUUGGGGCCAUCUUCGAGGUGGCAGCAGGCUCUUCACAUUCACAAACCCCCGAGAUGCAUCAGCUUAAAGACUUCACGCACCAGGUGUUCGUGGAGAUGCCAAAGUCUCUCAGAACUCUCGACGAGAUGUUGCUCAAGUACAAAGGCACCUACAGCAAAACUGAGAUUGAAGCUUAUUUUCGUUCUGAGUGCCACCUGGCAAGCGAAGGCAAGCAGACCUCUGCCGUCGCAGCGGCCUUCGCAUCGAAGGACAGUUCGGAGAUCAACGGCCUGGAGCAGUGGCUGCGCGAAGUCGGAUACGAGCAGUCUUUUCAGAAGGUGGCCGACUGGUGUCAUGAGAAUGGGGCCGUGCUUUUGGAAGAGGUCCAAGAGAAUUGGGAGCAAGUCAAAAGCGACCUGGGAUUGGAACGUGGCUCUGGCACUCACGAUGAACAGGCGUUCCAAGUGCCCGGGUUGUCGGCAUGGUUAGAAGAAAUUGAACUGGAGGAUUAUUUGGAAGAUGUCUUGGAAUGGUGUCAUCAGCAUGGUGUUCGCGCUCUGAAGGAGAUCCAGACGAGAUGGGAAGACAUUCUACAAGAGUUAAAGCUCAAAACUGCCAAAGAGCAGUUGCCUGGAAAGCGUGUUUCAGUUCGUGUUCUGAAAGGCAAAUGGCAGGGAAGCUACAUGGCACAGGUAUUGGAAGUUGCUGCGACAGGUAUUCAGAUUCGACAUUUGGAGGAUGACUUUGAAGAGACAUUGCCGCUGGAUGCGCUCGGUGGGGGGAAGUACUUGCUCGAACCUGUGGAUUCCGACGAGGAAGUCACGGGCGACGUGCAGGAGCUACUCCGGACAGGGCGACUGCGUGUUGAUGCAACAGGUGCAGGUUUGCAGCUCCGUUGGGUCAAGUUGGGUUAUGCCGUGGACAAGGUCCACAAAGGUUACAUGAUCGGGCACGACACCUACAAACUAACCAGGCGCACCUACGCUUUUCCAAUGGCAGAACACCUUUCACAAGUGACCAGCAGGGCGUCCUUCGCGGCAAAGCGUUCCUCCGUGGCACAUGCAGCAUGGAGCCACGUGGAAGCCCGUCGCAUCUCUGUACUGACCAAGAACGACCUCCAGCACUUUAUUUCGCAGAGCGCAGAGCAGAUCAGGGGCGCUCGCCAAGUUGUGCUAAACGAAUCGGUGCACCCAAUUCGGUUGAACGGAAGCCUGGGCAAGAUGAUAUACGUGAAGGCGAUGUGGUCCUCGCAGUUGGUGGCUCGCUACUGGCAGGGUUGGGCCGAGGAGCGAGGAUUGAUAACAGCAACUAGCUUGGCACCAGAGAGGCCCAUUACAGGGCUUGCAGAUGUUGCAAAGGAUGGCGAAGCAGGAAAGAACCAGAGCCCUUUCGGCCCCGGCGGAAUAUAUCAUGAGAAGCAGGUCGGCUCCCUCUGCGCUAUUCACUGUGUGAACAAUAUGUUCCAGGGGCCGCUGUACGAAGACCAUGAUUUCAGGUCCGUUGCGAGAGUGCUGGACGAGCGGGAACGAAGCUUAAUGAAAGGUGAAGACUUAGAUUUUGGCAAUGCUCGCUAUGAUGGCUUCUACAACGUUCAGGUCAUGCAGGAAGUGCUGCGAAGGGCGGGAUACGAGAUGACCUCUGUCUCGGCCGAGGCUGCUAAAGAAUGUGUGGAAAGAGCUAAGGAGAAGGCAUUCAUCUUGAAUAAGCAAGAGCAUUGGUUCUGCGUGCGGCGGCUUGGUCAGGAGUGGUUCGACCUUAACAGCUGCAUGUCCGUGCCCAAGCACUACACCGAUCGUGAUCUCGAGUGGCUUAUCAAAGAGGCAGUCAGUGAUGGUUACGGCGUCUUUCGUGUCACUGGAGAGUUCCCUUCGUGUGCUUUGGAAGAAGAUCACAAGAAGCUGGUCGAGGCAAAGGAAGGUUGUGGUGGACCACGAACCGGCUACAGCUUAUAUGCUGGCUCUGGGCAAACUUUGUCAAGUCCGGGUGCAAAAGCUCCUGCUGCCCCACCGUCGGAUGCCGCUGCACUGCGGGCUGCCAGGCUAGCUCGAUUGGGAGGAGGUGCGGCCCCUUCUCCUCCUGCAUGA